UUUUUUUAAACCUCAGUGCGGAUGUGGCUCUUGUACUUCUAGUUAACUUGACUGAUGUGGUCCACGCUCCAGUCGGGCAGAAAGCUGAGGGGGGUAUUUGACAUCAGCACGACCACGGAGCAGCUCUAAAUCUCUGUCCGGAACCCUCAUAAUGCAUGGGGGCAAGAGAGGACUGGUGGCUCCGCAGAACACUUUUCUGGAGAAUAUUGUCCGGCGCUCCAGUGAAACCAGUUUCCUGUUGGGAAAUGCUCAAAUCUCGGAGUGGCCUGUCGUUUACAGCAAUGAUGGAUUCUGCAAGCUGUCUGGAUACCACAGAGCGGAAGUUAUGCACAGGAGUAGCACGUGCAAUUUCAUGUAUGGUGACCUGACUGAUAAGAAGACUAUAGAAAAUAUCAGACAGACAUUUGAUAACUAUGAGUCCAAUUUCUAUGAGGUGCUGCUCUACACAAAGAAUAGAACACCGAUAUGGCUCUACAUGCAGGUAGCUCCAAUCAGAAAUGAGAAUAACAAGGUGGUGCUUUUCCUCUGUACCUUCAGAGACAUUACGCUCUUUAAACAGCCGAUUGAAGAUGAAGCAACUAAAGGAUGGAUGAAGUUUGCCAGACUGACGCGGGCACUGACCAACAAUCGCAACGUGGUGCAGCAGUUAGCACCGCUGAGCAAGACUGAGGUCAGCCAACGGCCCUCCAGACUGGCUGAGGCUCUCCAGCUGGGAUCGGACAUCCUCCCUCAAUACAAACAGGAAGCCCCCAAGACCCCUCCACACAUCAUCCUCCACUACUGCACCUUCAAGACCACCUGGGACUGGAUCAUCCUCAUCUUGACCUUCUACACUGCCAUCAUGGUGCCCUAUAACGUCUCCUUUAAGACCAAGCAGAACAAUUUGGCAUGGCUGGUGGUGGACAGCAUCGUGGACGUGGUCUUCCUGAUUGACAUUGUGCUUAACUUCCACACCACAUUUGUGGGUCCCGCUGGGGAGGUCAUUUCAGACGCAAAGCUCAUCCGAAUGAAUUACCUGAAGACGUGGUUCGUCAUUGACCUGCUGUCCUGUUUGCCCUACGACAUCAUUAACGCCUUCGAACAUGUAGAUGAGGAUGUCAUCACAUCUUCUUCCCGAUCAAGCCAUCUCCGUGAGUCUUCAAUUUUCCACAGGAAUACCACACGAACAGAAGAUCAUAUACUCCCAGGUCUCAGCAGCCUGUUCAGCUCCCUGAAGGUGAUCCGCCUGCUCAGGUUGGGCCGCGUGGCCCGGAAGUUGGACCACUACCUGGAGUACGGAGCAGCCGUUCUGGUUCUGCUGGUGUGUGUCUUCGGUCUGGUGGCCCACUGGCUGGCCUGCAUUUGGUACAGCAUCGGGGACUACGAGGUCAUUGAUGAGACCACCAACACCAUUAAGACAGACAGCUGGCUCUACCAGUUGGCUCUGAGCAUCGGAACCCCUUACCGCUACAACGCCAGUGGUACGGGACAGUGGGAGGGGGGGCCCAACAAGGACACGUUGUACAUUUCUUCCCUCUACUUCACCAUGACGAGUCUCACCACCAUUGGAUUUGGCAACAUCGCUCCGGCCACAGAUGGAGAGAAGAUUUUCUCCGUGGCUAUGAUGAUGGUGGGCUCGCUGUUGUAUGCAACCAUCUUUGGAAAUGUCACCACCAUCUUCCAGCAGAUGUACACCAACACAAACCGCUACCAUGAGAUGCUCAACAACGUGCGCGACUUCCUGCAGCUUUAUCAGAUUCCCAAAGGUCUGAGUGAGAGGGUCAUGGACUUCAUUGUCUCCACCUGGGCCAUGUCUAAGGGCAUUGACACAGAUAAGGUUCUAUCAAUUUGUCCUAAAGACAUGCGAGCGGAUAUCUGCGUCCACCUCAACCGCCAGGUGUUCAACGACCACCCGGCGUUUCGUCUGGCGAGUGACGGCUGUCUGCGCUCUCUAGCAGUGGAGUUUCAAACGACACACUGUGCACCUGGAGACCUCAUCUUCCAUAUCGGAGAGAGCGUCGACACCCUCUGCUUUGUCGUCUCCGGCUCACUAGAAGUCAUCCAAGAUGAUGAGGUCAUCGCAAUACUAGGUAAAGGUGAUGUGUUUGGAGACGUGUUCUGGAAAGAGACCACGCCGGCCCGGUCUUGUGCGAAUGUCCGAGCUUUGACCUACUGCGAUCUGCACGUCAUCAGGAGAGACGCUCUGAUGAGGGUGCUGGAGUUUUACACAGCGUUCGCCAACACGUUCUCCCGCAACCUCAUUCUCACAUGCAAUCUACGAAAACGGGUAAUCUUUAGAAAGAUUGCAGAUGUGAAGAAGGAACUGGAGCGCCAGAGGAACGAGGUGACCCUCUCCAUUCCCGAAGACCACCCAGUCCGCAAGCUGUUCCAGAGGUUCAGGCAGCAGAGAGACGCUCAAACACAGGGAGAGUCUCCCGCUUAUUUUGAUCAUAACUGUGUGCAGGUGGAGCCGCAGCGCCACCAUCACUCCGACUCAAACUCGUACACGCAGUGUCAGUCCGUAUCAUCUCAGCAGCAGGAGUACAGCCCCGCGGUGCAGAAUAACGCACCGUGCACAGGAGGAGGGAAUGCAGGCGGCGGCGGCUGCAGCAUGGCCGCACCUCCACAAGCAUUCGUCCACACUGAGACAUCAGAGCAAAGCUGCACACAAGAGACUGGGGAGUCUAUAGCAAGGCCUUGUGCAGAAAGCCAGCUUUGUGAGAGCGUCAACGGCCCUGUACAGAGCAGUGGUGCGGGUGGAGAGGGAGCUCUAGGUGGCGUUACCAGCAGCAGAGGUGCUCGAGGCUGGGCAAAGUUUAGAAACGCUGCUUCUGCUUCACCGCUGCCUGCUGCUGUCGAGCCAGAAAAAGAGCCACCGACAGCAGAAGAGUGGCCAAAAGAAUCCCAGUCCUCAGAACAGUUGGCAGCCACCAAUAAGAACCAGGAUUCGGAGGAAAGUGGAGAGACGGGGAGCACGGAGGGGGGAAACGGUGCCGGAGAGGCAGGUGACGAAAUAAGCGCCAUGCACAAAACUGACUCCUGUGACAGCGGUAUCACAAAGAGCGAUCUACGCAUCGACCGAGCCGGGGAUUCAAGAAGCUCCUUUGAAAGAAGCCCGCUGGAGAAGAGCCCGAUGGAGAGAAACCCGUUUGAGCACAGUCUCGCGGUGGACUCCCUCAAACAGUCGUUUGUUCAUCCGUUGACUGAACAGACACUCCUUCAAGCCACCCUGCUCGAGGCCAAGCUGGAGCUGAAGGGAGACAUUCAGAGUCUGAGCGGUCGCCUGUUGGUCCUUGAGUCUCAGGUAAACGAGAUCCUCAGGCUCCUGUCGAUAAAAAGAAGACUCUCUCUGCCACCGACAUCUUCCCCGAGGGCCAGAGUGAGAAAUCAAGACUCAGUCGCUGCCACCAAGCUGGUCACGCCGAAACCAGACGAUGGGCCUUUUUGAAUUUACUGAUUUUAAAACCCACAACCUGGUUGCAUGCAGAAAGCCCUACUUAUUGUUACCCUCACUACAAAAACCCAGGGAUUUUUCUAACAGUCUUUAACUUAUGAGGCACUUUUUAUUUUUAAGAUUAUGUUUUGGGGCUUCUUUUGAUAAGACAGCUAGGUGAGAAAC